AUGAAUGUAGUUAUAUCACUUAUUUUCUUAAGUUCAAUAUUAUUGAACAAAAACAUAAUAACAGGUUAUCCUACAGGAAAAGCAAAUGACGAAAAUGAACGAUGCAGGUAUAUGAACAUUUUUGAAAAACCCAUUUUCUACAAUUGUUAUUUAUUUACGAAUGAUGGAAAUGGGUGUUGUAAAAUUUAUAUAAAAAAUCGUCAAGAAAAAAAGAAAAAGGAUGACCUACUUUCUUUAAAUGAUAUUCUUAAAGACUCCGCUGAUGAAUUUGAUAUAGAUGAAGUAAAACAUUUUUUCCCAGUUUUUAAUGAAAAGUUAUUUCACUCAAGUAAUGGAAAAGGAAAAGUAAAUAGUAAUGGUGAUUUAUUAAUCGAAUUUAAUAACAAAUAUUUUAAUUUAAAAGAUAUAAAAGUAAAUAUAAUACCUAAAAAAAAAAACAAGAAAACCUUUGAAAAUUAUGCUAGAUUUAUGAAAAAAGAAAGUGAUUAUAUAAAAAAAAAGAAUGAGAUAUUACAAAAUAGUCCCUUUUAUACAACUAGUACAUGUUUUAAAUCUAUUGGUGGGGAUAAAUGUAAAAAUAAUAAAAAAUCAAAAAAUAAAAAUGAAGAUAAUGAUGAAUACCCUGAUGAAGAAUUAGAUUACGAAUUAUCUAAAUCAUUAAAUGGAGAUAUGAACAUGAUGAAUGGUAAUUAUCAAAAUUCUAAAAAUAAUUUAGACCCUUUAAAAUAUAACACCGAUAAUCCAAAUGUUAAUGAAAAUAAUGUAGACACUGAUAAUAAUAACAACAGAACAUUUUUUUCUCGUGUUUAUAAUUUUUUUAAUAAUUUCUCACUAAUAAAUUCUUUAGCACGAUCUCCAAAAAAACUAAUGCAAAAAACAAUCGAAUUUAAAAAUCGCCUAAAUAAUAUGGACGCGUUAGAAAAGUUUCUAGAUAAUGAAUAUAUGAAUACAACCGAACAAAUAAAUACAAUUAUAACAAAUGACCUUCAAAAAGUAUUUACUACUGAUACUAAAGAAGAAAAUCCAAAUAAAAACAAAGGACUUAUAUCAUCCAUGUUUAGCAACAUGUUUUCCCUUAUUUAUUUACCAAGAGCAAAUGUUGAAUUAUAA